ACUCGUUAUUUUAUCUUUAAUUACAUCAAUUACUCAGUUCAUUAAACAUUACUCCAUAUUAUUUAAAUAUUUUUUUUUUUCUUUUAAAUAAUUAUUAUUGUAACUUGUGUCAAAUUUUAUUCAAAAUUUGAAUUGAUUCGAAACAAGUAGUUUGUGGUGGCAGUAAACCUUUGGGUUGAGGCUUUAGGUUACGAUGGCGUCGCUUAGACGACGACCAUGUCGCGUGUCGUUUCAUUGACGGACCCUUUAUUUUACAAAAGUUUUCGACUAAGCGAUUUUCGCAGAUUUUAGAUUUAAAUUUAUUUUACUACUGACAAAUGAUGAUGCCAACAAUGCCUCCUGAUGCUCACAAAAUAUCAUUAAAAAUUAUUGAAGCUAUUAAACAACAUCCUGUACUUUAUAUUUCUGAUGUAAAAGGGACUGCUAUUAAAUUACAAGAGUUUCGUCAAAAAGUAUGGAAAAGAAUUUCUGAUGAACUAGGAUUAGAUGCGUCUUGGGUUAGACUCAGAUGGAAAAAUUUACGCGAUACUUACUGUCGUAUAUUAAAAUUUAAAAAUAAAGCUGAAAAAGGCGCCAGAAGAAAAAAAUGGAUUUUCGAAGAUCAUUUGAGUUUUUUAAAAUUUCCAUAUGAGCCAGAUUAUGUACCACAGUGCGUAGAAUUAAGCGACGAGUACAUAGAAGAAAUAAAUCGCGGCGGAAUCAGUACGGAAAGUCUUCUAGAGCAAUUGGAAGACCGCAAUGAUGAAGAUUACAGUGAGUAUUUAGAAGUACUAGAAGAAACGAGUGCUGACCCAAUAACUAUUCUACCUGACGACACUUCCAUCGAAAUAAUAGACAACGGCCAGCAUUUAACUGCUGAAAUAAUUGGCAGUUAUGAAAAUCAAAAUAUCAGCGAAGGCGUUGAUAUUUACACGCAAAUUCAGUCAAAGUAUCGUAAAAUUCGUCCCAAGAGAAUGAAAUAUAACGAUGACACUGAAGACAACCGAGAGUCAGUCGAGCUUACCAACAAUUACGGAAUACUAAGUCCUAAUUUUAAAAUAGAACAAUUAAAAUUACCGCGAAAUAACAACGUCAAUGUCAAUCCCAUAAUUAUAACAAACGCGUCAACCCAGAGCUCGCCUAAAAUAGUAAAUGAAAAAAAACAAGACGACGAUGAAAAUAAAACUGAACAAUCCCCAGUUAAAUUACAGCCAGUGGAAUCAUCAAGUAUGGAAUUAUUUUUUAAUAGUAUGGCGCAAACAGUUAAGUCAUUGCCGCCAAAAGCACAAGCAGAAGUAAAAAUGGCGGUUUGUAAAAUAGUAACUGAGGCAGAACUGAGGUAUCCUAAAAAAAAAUUAUCCGCAAACACUCAACAAUUUAUUACACCUCCAGGUAUGAUUCCAAAAUUAGUAUUAAUUCCAUGUAGUAUGAUCGAUAAUCACGAAAAUAAAUAAAAUUAACGGAUAAGUUUUCAUUGUAAUUUUAAAUGAUUAAUUAAUUAAUUAUUUUUUUUGCUUUAGUUUUACGUAAAAUUAAAGUAGAAAUUACCUGUGUCGUGAAAUAUUAUUUUUGAAAAUAAAAUAAAAUAUAUAUAUA